GGGAACGGAGCAAUCCCGGAUGAAUUCCUAAGUCACCGUCGAAAGCGGCCUGAGCCGCCAUAUUUAAACUGGGCAAACUGAAGCGAGAGAGGCUGCCAUGUUGGCUCUUUGCCAGUCUUGGUGCUGAAGAGGGAUAGGCUUGGAGAGCCUAUGUAUAUGUUAUGGACAAACGAUGUCUGGCUGGUUGCCAUGUCAUUAAUGGACAUUGCUUUCCACUAGUUCUGUGUAAGAGGUUAUUAGUGUGAGGGACGUCAGCUCGCUUGAGUUAGUAUACUGUAGUCCUGAGUGUGCGUGUAGCAUUUUCCCCAUAUUUUGCGGGGACAAAUCGAGAUGUGGGUUUGUGUCUGAGAAAGCUGAAGCCUUUCUUUCACCAUCUUUCUUAUGGACACUCUGCCGUCGCCAAUGCCCCACCGGGAUCCGGCGAAACACCCGUGCCGCCAUGUUGGUCUCCGGAGUCUGGUGUUAGGGAGGCGGAGUGUGCGACGUGGAGGCGGGGCAAAGACGCGGAAGUGACGUAAUAUACCGCCAUGUCUUUUGAGGGCGGCGACGGUGCCGGGCCGGCCAUGCUGGCUACGGGCACGGCGCGGAUGGCGUCGGGGCGGCCCGAGGAGCUGUGGGAGGCCGUGGUGGGGGCCGCCGAGCGCUUCCGGGCCCGGACGGGCACGGAGCUGGUGCUGCUGACAGCCGCGCCACCCCCGCCACCCCGCCCGGGCCCCUGCGCCUACGCGGCCCACGGCCGAGGGGCCCUGGCCGAGGCCGCCCGCCGCUGCCUCCAUGACAUCGCCCUGGCCCACCGGGCGGCCACCGCGGCCCGCCCCCCCGUGCCCCCACCAGCACCUCAGCCGCCCAGCCCCGUGCGAAGCCCACCCCGGCCUGCACUUGCCAGGGAGGAAGACGAGGAGGACGAGGACGAACCCACAGAGACGGAGACCUCUGGGGAGCGACUGGGCGUCAGCGAUAAUGGAGGACUCUUUGUGAUGGACGAGGACACCACGCUGCAGGACCUACCCCCCUUCUGUGAGUCAGACCCUGAGAGCACGGACGAUGGCAGCCUGAGCGAGGAGACUCCCGCUGGCCCCCCAGCUUACUCGGUGCCCCCAGCCUCAGCCCUGCCCACACAGCAGUACGCCAAGUCCCUGCCCGUGUCCGUGCCCGUCUGGGCCUUCAAGGAGAAGAGGACAGAAGCUCGGUCAUCCGAUGAGGAGAACGGGCCGCCCUCUUCGCCGGACCUGGACCGUAUCGCGGCGAGCAUGCGCGCACUGGUGCUGCGGGAGGCCGAGGACACUCAGGUCUUCGGGGACCUGCCGCGGCCACGGCUCAACACCAGCGACUUCCAGAAGCUGAAGCGGAAAUACUGAGGCCCAAGGAGCUUCCCGGCCCGGCGUCCGUCCCACCCUUACACUACACCCCUGCCCCGCCCCCCGGGCCAGCCAAUCCGAGUCAGAUCCGGGACCGGCCUCCCACCCCCUCCCCGGGCCACCAGGAUUGACCAGUUCCUGCAGAUUCCCGCCACCCUUCCAGCCCACGAUAACUCCCGCGCCGCCGAACGGGGCCUAUCCAAUUUCCGGAUUGGGUCUGUCUGCUCUCUGCCCAGCGACAGAUUUUUUUUUCUAGUAAGGAAUUGGCUCGCUCCGCGACCGGGGCGUGGCUAAUUCGCAAGGCUUUGGCUCCAUUCCCGGAAGAGUCAAGCUCCAGGAUUGAGGGUUAUCGUCCUCCUCUUCAGCAUAGCGAAUGGACAGCUCCUUCAUUUGAUUGACUUGAACACUGUAAAGGGCUUGACCAAUCUCCCGAGAGGCUCAUCAACACUUCUUGAGUUCCCCCAUUUGAUUGGCUCUAGCCUCCUGGGGGCGUAGCCAACUCCUCCUGUGCCCAGGAUUGGCCUGUGGCGUUCAAUUUACGUUCUUUACACUACUGGGGCUGGGGUUGGUUUUCGCCGAAGUCCUGACAAUUGUCCCUCUGGCCCCCUCAGGGAUGGCCUGAUCCGGUUCUUGCGUCUGACACCCUCUCAUUGGUUACAUCCCACAACUGCCUGCCAAUCAAACCCGUCCUUGCAUCCAGGACGUUACCAGCUCCCGCCCCUCUCCUCCCACCCCCACAGGUGCCUUAAAGGGCCCUCGUCCACCCAAGGUGGGGGGCAGGGGGCCUCACUCUCCGGCCCUGGUGUGGGGGGGAGAGAGUCGGGGGUGGGGAUCGGGAGUUGGGAGGGGCGCUCUGAGAUUAAAGAGUUUUACCUCUCACAAAUGAA